GAGCAUCGCUGCUAGGACCCGGCCAUGCCACCCGGUUUGGUGGCACGAGAUGGGGCAGCCACCCCCGUGCUCGGGGCCCCCCUCUGCUGAGCUGACAGCCCCUCGCCUGGGGCGAGCAGCACCACGUCCCGAGGCGGCGGCUGACCCGUGCAUGGAGCCGCAUGGGUCCUUCCCGGCAUCGCCCAGAGCCGGUGCUGCAGCCAGCAUCGGGGGGCGUUGCCGCAGGGGGAUGCGGGCAUGAUUAUGCCCUCCACGCUGGCGAGAUGUCCCAGGCGGGGGACAUGGAGGUGGGAGCUGCCGUGGGUCUCUCCGGGACAGGGUUUGCUGGUGGGCUCACCAGGAGGACGGGCAGGCUCAUGCCGCUGUCGUUCUCUGCCUGUAGGUUGUAAAAACUGUAUUAGUAAUUUCUGUCUCUAUUUUAGGAAGGUGCUUCCAAAGGCAGUUUGCUUUACAGAUAACGCGGAGCCUUCGGGGGAUGUGCGGGAUGGCAGGAGUGCUAUAAAAUGCAGCGAUGGCGAGAACAUUUUUGGAGAGAGAAAACAAACACCCAGCAGGUGGCUUGGUUUGGCACCGUGCAGAUGCAUCUUCUGACGAAUUUGUGAUGCGUUUAGGAAGCCUCGGCCUCGUGCCUCAGCAGAGCAUCUUUCACUUUGGAUUUCGCAGCCCUCCGGGUGCAGGCAGUGAGCUUGCGGGCCGGCGGGAGAAGCUUGCCGCGCUGUCUGCCUGCUCUGUUGCAUACCACUUUGCAAGCCUUUGGUCUGUGCGGUUCUCCUGAACCCCCCUCUGCCUCCAGUAUCGCAGGGAUUCUCCUCAAAGCAAACCCAUCUAAAGGUGAAUGAUGCUCCCCCCCCCUUUCAUUCCCAGUCCAUCCUUUUGUGCUGGCCCCGCAGUGCGGUGCGGGCGGACGAGAAGCGCUGGUAGCAGCAGGGGGUUGCUCAACCCGCAGCACUCGCAAGUUAAGCAAGCGGCUGGUUCCCAUCGUGCGUUCCCAGGCGAGUGAGCCCAAACCGAGACCAGGGAAUCUGCAAGCGGCUGCGGCGUCAAAGCGCUUCUCCAUGGAGAAAUGACCGCCGGCUCGCCGCGGCAGUCGCGGGGGUGAGCAGGGAGAAGCAGCCGGGAUUUUUCCAGUGCUCCUGUUCCUGCUCGGUGCUGGGGGUGGAUCCUGCGGUGCGAGCGAUGUCGCUGGCAGUGGCUGGGCCCCGACACGCUGUGAAGGGGGUAUUUACGCGGCCGCCUGUGUUUCAGCAUGAAGCUCAGCUAGCAGCAAAAUGAACUUCCCGGGGGCAGGACUGACGUGGCCCCUCCUUUCCGAAAUGUCCCUGGAGCUUUGCUUCAGCUGUAAACCUGUGAUUCUGGAUGCCUGUUGGGUUGGACACUUGCUAGCUGAAAGCUGAAGCGUGGUCACCGGCCUGUGUGGAGGAGGACAGGAUGCGGGUCACCAUGAGGAGGGUGUUGCUGGUGGUGGGCUCGGUGGUUGCCCUGAUGGUGACUCUGCACCUCGGCCAGCAGGUCCUGGAGUGCCAGCAGGUCCUGAGCGAGAGGAGGCACAGGCUGAUGAGACCUGAGAACGAGGAGCUGGUCAUGAUGGACUCCAACCACGUCGAGUACCGUUACAGCAAGGAGAUGCCCCUGAUAUUCAUUGGCGGGGUCCCACGGAGCGGCACGACGCUGAUGAGGGCCAUGCUCGAUGCCCACCCCGAGGUACGCUGCGGAGAGGAGACCCGCAUCAUCCCCCGCGUGCUGGCGAUGCGGCAGGCCUGGUCCAAAUCGGGGCGAGAGAAGAUGCGCCUGGACGAAGCAGGGGUGACGGACCAAGUUUUGGACGCCGCCAUGCAGGCCUUUAUACUGGAAGUGAUCGCCAAGCAUGGUGAGCCAGCCAGGUAUCUGUGUAACAAGGACCCCUUCACGCUGAAGUCCUCUGUCUACCUGUCCAGGCUGUUCCCCAAUUCCAAAUUCCUCCUGAUGGUUCGAGACGGCCGGGCUUCGGUCCACUCCAUGAUCACGCGUAAGGUGACGAUCGCGGGCUUCGACCUGAACAGCUACCGAGACUGCCUGACCAAGUGGAACAAAGCCAUCGAGGUGAUGUACUCGCAGUGCUUGGAGAUCGGGCGGUCCCGCUGCCUGCCCGUCUACUACGAGCAGCUGGUGCUGCACCCCGAGCAGUCCAUGCAUGCCAUCAUGAAGUUCCUGGACAUCUCCUGGAGCGACACGGUGCUGCACCACGAGGAGCUGAUUGGGAAGCCCGGCGGGGUGUCGCUUUCCAAGAUAGAAAGAUCAACAGACCAGGUUAUCAAGCCGGUGAACAUGGAGGCGCUAUCUAAGUGGAUCGGGCACAUCCCGGGGGACGUGCUGCAGGAUAUGGCCCACAUCGCACCGAUGCUCGCCAGGCUCGGCUACGACCCCUACGCCAACCCUCCCAACUACGGCCACCCCGACCCCUUAGUCGUCAACAACACGCACAGAGUUUUAAAGGGGGAUUAUAAAACGCCAGCCAAUUUGAAAGGUCAUCCGCAGGUGACUCAGAACACAUCAUCGUCUCACUAAGAAAAUUAAUGAUUUCCAGAACGCUGCAAAUGGCCUUUUGUCGCCCGACAAAGAAGAGUUUGCAACGGCACCGGUGGGAAUCGGUUAUCCAAGCAUAUUGCUUGCUAUACUACUAUUGCCAAAAUGACUGCUGAACGAGGAAUGUAUUUGCAUUUAUUUGCAAAGGCCACACGUUGUCCCCGUCGGGUGCCCGUCGCCUGCCUUUUCCGAGCGCUCCGUGGUGAAAGCAUCUGUGGAAAAUCAUAGGCGGGGGGGGCGGCGGCGGGGGGGGGGGGGGGAUUUUUGUCUGCCACGGCCCAGGACCCAU